AUGAAGGAUGUGAUUGAUCUUCAUCCUCUAACAGCAGGACCUACAGGACGCUCACCUUGCUUAGCUCUUGGUUCUAGUCUACAGGGUCGUUUGUUUGCCCUAACUUGUCCUUCUCCGACCCUACCAGCUCUAUGGAGUCUACCGUCAAUAUCUCCGAGAUAUCUCAGGGGCCAUGAGGAUACAGUUACUUCAGCAGUGUUUUCAGAUACAGAGUUAAGCCUUGUUACCUGCAGUUCAACUACAGUUAUUCUCUGGGAUUUAGCUGUGUUAAAGGAUAAAGAGGACGGAGAAAGAGAAGCUGGAAUAACCGUAGCAAAGGACAUGGGACACAUAUCAGAAUGUGCGCUAACUCUUAAAAAGGGAGACAAGAGAGGACUACUUGGAUUAGGUUCAGGAAAUUCCAUAUCUAUCAUUUGUUUGGCUUACAAUAUGAAAUCAGGAAUACGGAUGUCCCUGAAGGAAGUGCAUAUGAUUGGUACAGUAGAGACAUCUAGUGAUAUUUCUCGUUUUAUUAUUCUACCUACUAUUGGUUUGCUAUGUGCUGUUGGACAGGACAGAGCCCUUAAAAUAUGGUCUAUGGUAAAAAGUGAUUUUGGAAAACCCGUGGAGAGUUUGAAGGCUGGCCGUCAACCUUUGACCUGUCUGGCGUACAAAGACGACAUUUUAUCACUAGGAGACUGCGGAGGAUUAAUUUAUUUCUAUUUUUUCACCAAGAAAAGAAGAAAGUUCAUCACAAAAGUUGAAUUAAGACGGGGAAGAGAAGAAGAAGAAAAUAUUGGCUGUGAUGUUUUAGACAUUGAACUUUUACCUCUGCAGCGUGUAGAACAUCAAUCAGAAGGUUUACCCAGUCUACUUAGUAAAGGUGAGGUUGUGGAUGAAAUAUUGAAUACAAAACAAAAUGUCGUCUUCGUCACAAACCUGGGCGUUGGGAUUCUAAAUUUAAGGUCCGGAGAGAUGCUGCAAACCCUGGAGUUCUCAAGAAUAUUGCACAGUUCGACGUUUAACAGUAUGGCUGUUCAGGCCAGAAUUAAACAAAACAAAGACACCCUUACAGUAUUAUUUCUCUCCAACCUUGAUAAUCAAAUCAAAAUGGCGUCGAUCAAGAUAUUGGAUGACGACAACAGAAGACGUGUUAAGGCUGAGAAAGGGAAUAUUCUGAUAGUUUUCUUCCCUGUACAUAUCUGA